GAUAACAUUUCUCCCACCUUUUAAUGCUUUUCACUUGAAAGAGUUUCAACAACUUCUCUAGGUUCUUCGGUUGAAGGGUGAACUCUGCAAUUUGGUUGAGGAGAAACGAUCUGCUUUACUGAGAGCUGAAGAGUUGGAAGUUGCUCUCAUGGAGAUGGUCAAACAAGACAAUCGGCGUCACCUGAAUGCUAAGAUUGAGCAGUUAGAGCAAGGGGUGAGAGAGGUUCGAAAGCUUGUUUCUGAUAAGAAGGAUCGAGAAGCUGCUAUGAUACAGGUGUUGAUUGGGAUGGAGCAAGAACAUAAGGUAACGGAAGAUGCACGGAGAGCUGCUGAGCAGGAUGCAGCAGCGCAGAGACAUGCUGCCCAAGUGCUUCAGGACAAAUAUGAGGAAGCUGUUGCUGGGCUUGCUGAGAUGGAGGAGAGGGCAGUAAUGGCAGAGUCAAUGUUGGAGGCGACUUUGCAGUAUCAUAAAGCACAACCUUCACCACGGUAUGUUUUAUCAUAUACCUACAAAUAUUAAUUAUAUUUAAUUUCUAAAAACGUGGAAUCCCAGACAAAACAUUAAGAAAUAAUAUUUAAUAUAUAUGCAA